CUGCUACGCCGUGAAAUGGGGUGGACCCUGCGGCCUGCGACAUUUUACUACACAUUUCCUUACACAAAGCGCGUGUUUUUUUUAACGUUUAGUUGUUUAUAAAGGUCUGCUUUACAUCUGUGGCCGGUCUACAAUAUCAUCUUAAAACAUAGCACAUCUCUUCAGAAAAACACAUUUCUGAAAAGCAGGUAAAGGAGAUGAGAGGAAGAUCAUAUGGAGAUAGAGAUCGAGGACGGGACAAAGGGCCUCGUUUUGGGUCCAGUCGACCUGUCUCACCUCCUGCCAAGAAGUUUGGGAAUCCUGGAGCCCGAUUGAGAAAGAAGAAAUGGGACCUGGACCAGCUGCCCAAGUUUGAGAAGAACUUCUACAGUGAACACCUAGAGAUCAAUCGCAUGAGUCCGUAUGAUGUCGAGGAAUUUCGCAGGAAAAAAGAGAUUACAGUCAGAGGUGCCGGAUGCCCAAAGCCCAUCACCAACUUCCAUCAAGCUCAGUUCCCACAAUAUGUGAUGGACAUACUGUUGCAGCAGAACUUUAAGGAGCCCACUGCUAUCCAGGCUCAAGGUUUUCCUUUGGCUCUCAGCGGCAGAGACAUGGUGGGCAUCGCUCAGACCGGCUCUGGGAAAACACUUGCUUAUCUCCUACCUGCCAUAGUGCACAUUAACCAUCAGUCCUACCUAGAGAGAGGGGACGGGCCCAUCUGCCUUGUAGUGGCACCUACACGUGAAUUAGCCCAGCAGGUGCAGCAGGUGGCUUUUGAAUAUGGCAAAUCAUCCCGGAUCAAGAGCACCUGUGUGUACGGUGGAGCCCCUAAGGGUCCACAGAUCAGAGAUUUAGAGAGAGGUGUUGAAAUCUGCAUCGCCACACCGGGUCGUUUGAUUGACUUCCUGGAUGCAGGAAAAACCAACCUGCGCCGUUGCACCUACCUGGUCCUGGAUGAGGCCGAUCGAAUGCUGGACAUGGGAUUUGAGCCUCAAAUCCGCAAAAUUGUUGAACAAAUCAGACCUGACAGACAGACUCUGAUGUGGAGUGCUACUUGGCCUAAAGAGGUCCGUCAGCUGGCGGAAGAUUUUCUCCGCGACUAUGUCCAGAUCAAUAUAGGAGCUUUAGAAUUGAGCGCCAACCACAAUAUCCUGCAGAUAGUGGACGUCUGCAUGGAGAAUGAGAAAGACAACAAACUGAUUCAGCUGAUGGAGGAAAUCAUGGCUGAAAAAGAGAAUAAAACCAUCAUCUUUGUCGAGACAAAGAAACGCUGUGAUGAACUGACUCGCAGGAUGCGAAGAGAUGGGUGGCCUGCGAUGUGUAUUCAUGGAGACAAGAGUCAGCCAGAGAGGGACUGGGUAUUGACAGAGUUCCGCAGCGGAAAAGCCCCAAUUCUGAUCGCCACUGAUGUUGCCUCACGUGGUCUGGACGUGGAGGAUGUCAAGUUUGUCAUCAACUAUGACUAUCCAAACUCUUCUGAAGAUUAUGUUCAUCGCAUCGGACGCACUGCCCGCAGUACCAACAAAGGAACUGCCUAUACCUUUUUUACUCCUGGGAACUUGCGGCAGGCUCGUGAUCUGGUGCGGGUUCUAGAGGAGGCGAGACAGGCCAUUAAUCCCAAACUUCUGCAGAUGGUGGACACAGGCCGUGGGGCUGGUGGAGGUGGACGGAUGCGUUACCGUGGCAACAGCUCAAGCUCAAACAACCCCAACCUGAUGUUUCAGGAUGAGUGUGAUCGCCGCAUGCACUCUGCAAGUGGGGGUAACAAGGACAGCAGCAACAACUUCAGGACAGACGGACGAUCGGGUGGGAGCAGCCGUGAUGACCGGUCGUCCUCUUCUUACAGAGACCGCAGCAGGGAUGGACGGAACAACUACAACAAUGGGGGAGGUGACCAAUACCAGAGCUAUGGGGGUGGAGGAGGGGUUCAGUAUGGCUCCAGAGGGGGUGGCUCCCAAUCAUGUGGGGGUCGGGAAGGUCAGAAUCAAUCUGGACCCCCACAGGGUCCGUUUGGGCAGCCUCCUCCAACCCCUCCUCAACCUGGUCCUGGUCCGCAACCGCUCAUGACACAACCAUUUGCUCCUCCGCCACAGCCCAUCAUGGGGUUCAUGGGCCCUGGGCCAUACCCAUUUGCCCCACCGCCCCCUCCCCGAAAGUAAAUCCAGAGAAAUCCAGUCUUUUCUACUUGUUCUUAGUGUAACUUGCCCUGCUUCCAGUCUGUGCAUUUGAAUAUCACAGUGUAAUAAAUGGUGUGCUCUCUUUAUUUCUUUUUGUUAUCGUAGAAAAGGAUGGCUUAAUAUUGUUUGAAGCAGUGGUCGGUGUUGAGAGGUAAGGGCUACUCAUCCAGUACGUCAUAUGUGUUUAAACAUGUUUACAAGAGGUGCAAAAUCUGCGAUCUUAAGCCUCAGUGUAAUGUAGGCAUCGUCUUUAAUGUGAUAGCAUCCAUUUUUCUAGUAUUAAAGGAAUAAUAAUUCAAGCCAAAUAUUUCUCAUGUUGACAUUGAUGUCGUCUUUGUUUGUAUCUGUAGCUAAAAACAUGCUUUGGAAAACUUGUAUUGAAUAUAUAUUCUUUCUUUUCAUACACCAGUGUUUUAUAGACUUUAAUAAACUGUUUGUUCCAGA